AUGGCCUCUGCACAGGCUACAUAUGGGAGGAAGAGAAGCUUGCUCCGAACAUUUGGGUCUCGUCGUAGACAAAAGGAAUUUGCAGUUUCUGUGCCAAGUUCUGAUGAAGGUAAUAUUCCAUUCCCCCCCCAUGAACACGCCAUAAAGCUAAGCAGAACAGUUAACGUGGUGGCACCGACGCAACCAAUUCACAUGACCGAGACAGCCAACACUCCCGGAGCUGGUCACAGUACGAUCCGCUUUGUAAAGAGUGGUGGAUGUUCGAUCAAUAUCGAUGAACAGCGGCAGGAUGGCUCGGCAGGAAUUCGCGAAGCCGUACCUCGCAACACGGAAACGCCAUGCAAACGAUACGAGGAAAUGAGACAACAAGGCGGCAUGGAUGUUCAAAGUCCAACCUUCUCACCGUUCGAGAUGCAUCCGGUUGUUUUUUCAACACAUGACUCUUUGGUGGAAAGACCGGCGAGACUUGAUAGUAAGAGAAACUCGCUCUGUUCUCCCCAACUGAGCCAGGCUAUUCAUCACAGCCGCCGACACACUACGAAUUCUACACAACUAGAGAAGAGUGGCGAGCUACUUAAGCUGCUGGAAACCUCAACCGUUACAACAGAAGACAGUCUCACGCCGGAUGACACCUCCGACCCAACAAAAGCUAUCCGACCAACAUUUCCUUUGCGAGACGAAAUCAUGGGCCACAGAUCUUCGUCCUUGAAAGCUCUAAGUGGAGGUGCACACAAAGCGAGCGCCGAAGAGAUAAAUGGCAAAAUUCGCGAAAUGCUGGCAGCUAUGGAAGCACUCAAACCGGCUACGCCAUUGAAAUCCCAAGGGUCGAGGAAGCUGUCUCGUGUGACAAACUCCAAAGUCUUUGCCAGAAUGUCGGAUGCAUUUGGCCGAAUCUAUAGCAAAUCAGCUAGUCCUGAAGCCAUGACUACUGACCAGGAACGGAAUUCUCGAUUAGGCAAUAAGAGAAUGCCGCUGACACGAUCGUUAAGUCCGGCAAAUGUCAGUCAAUAUUCUAUUAGAUCAAUCGAGAUCCGGUUGAACGAAGGUACGAACCUUAAUAGGAGCAAAGUUCAACAGAUGGUUGGCAAUCGAGUGUUUAGAAAACCCGUCGCUUCACAAGGGAACUCCUUCUUGUGUCGUAGGGUCAAUGAUCAUUUCAACGACCAAGAAUCGACACCGUCAAUAGAAGAAUAUCACUUAAAAAGGCAGUCGUUCCUAUCUCCAAUAAAUCCCUUUGAGACGGAGGAAAACUUUGAGCAAAAUCUUGAGAACGGCAUCUUGGACGUGUCUCCGGCCGGUUCAUCAACGCCUCGCAAUGGCAUGCGUCGAGCGUCGGGAUCCAGCUUUGGCGACGCCUCUCUUGGCGACUUGAGUGGAUCAAGUAUUGGCCAAGUCGAUUUGGCUAGGAUAAUGGUCAAAGUUGGCACGAAAGAUGAUGGAAGCCCCCAGAUACGAAAGCUUAAUCUUCAGUCAUCAACGGAAGUACCGAGGCCUUGGCAAAGCUUGAAAAGAGGUCGGGAUGUGCAGCAGGAUGACUUUGCGAAAAAGCAUCCCUCGCCGAGCAAAAGGGAUCUUGAGGCACUAGAGCUAGCAUUCCAGCAAUAUACCAUCCCUAAUGGACCACCUGUGGAUGGGGAUGCGGACGAGCUGGCUGGUAGUGACAUGUUGCUUGGAGUGGCUCUGACCGACAAGGACCCGAACAGGAGAUUGUUGAAGCAAGACGCCAAAGGCAAAGGCACCUCGAGCCAACAGCGGGUAACGUCCAAAACUUUUCCAUCGAGGAUUCCCCUCCCUCGUGGCCAGCUCGGAAUGAGUGAAGGCAGCAAGAUUCGACUUGCGAGAGACUUUAUACCAAAGAAUGCGGUUCCAGGGGAACUUGACGAACUAUUGUAA